CUGACUACGGCAAGCCGUUAGCUAACGUUACGUCCAUGUGAAAGAAGUUCAGACCCCUUUUCAUUGACCUUCCGGGUGAAUUAGUAAACAAUAAGACAAUGCGACACUAUUUUAACACAAGUCGGACACAGCUGGGUUGCUAAUUGUGCUUAAAAUGUCCGCGUUUGGUCUCGUUGCUAAACGCGGCGUAUCGCUGAAGAUAAUCCGGCCUUCAUUGAAGCUGUUAACUAACGACGGAUCCUCAGCAGGAAACAUCUUCCUGCAGGGCCACAGCACUAAUAUAACACGUCUGUUGAGCUCUCAACCACACAACCCCAAGGUACCAGAGGUUGCAACAUGGGAGCCAGCAUCAGAGGACCAACUUCCACCGCCUGCCCAAAUCCCCGCUGACCUGGUGGACAAACUGGAGAGACUCGCUUUAGUGGAUUUCCGCACCAAACAGGGACUGGCCUGUUUGGAGAAAGCUAUCAGAUUUGCAGAUCAGCUGCAUGUUGUUGACACGUCCGGUGUUGAACCAAUGGACUCAGUUCUGGAGGACAGGGCUUUAGACCUGAGGGCUGACGCAGUGACAGAGGGGGGCUGUGCUGAGGAGCUGCUUCAGCUCUCCAAAAACACCGUUGAAGAAUAUUUUGUGGCACCACCAGGAAAUAUUCCUCUACCGACGAGGGAGGAGAGGGCUUCCAUGCUGAAACACUCAGAGUUCUGAUGUUUAUGAAUUGAUCUGUGAUAUUUAUUAAUCGUUUCUCAUUUUGUAAAAAAUAAAGACCUGCUGUUUAUGCAUUUAUUUA